UUGAAAUUUUGUUUGGAAGCAAUGAGGAAUCUUUCAAUCGUUGACAAUGGAGUGCGGGAAGCCAACUUUGCAAUAUCAUGAAAGCCCUGGACGACCACAAACAAAUUAGAGAGUUGCUUUUUUCCACCAAAUUACGGAGUCGGAAAUAAUGACCGAGAGUGAGCAAAUCGUCUACAUCAGCUGCGUAAAACAGGUACGAUACUCCUUCGUCAGCCACCUCUCCGAAGCUCUCCGCCGGAAAGGCAUAAUCGAUGUGUUCAUCGAUACCGACGAUUUUCUUUCCAACGAGUCUCAAUCAAAGGUCGAGAGAGCUAGGGUUUCUGUGGUGGUUUUAUCUGGGAACUCUACAGUUUGCCUUGACAAGCUCGUGAAUGUUCUCGGGUGCCAGAGGAACAUCGACCAGGUGGUGGUUCCAGUGUUGUACGGUGAGAUUCCAUUACAGGUCGAAUGGGAUAAGGCUCUGAAUUCGAGGGGCUUAUCAUCAGUCCACCAGUCCAGGAAUAAAUGCACCGACUCCGAACUUGUAGAAGAGAUUACGAGAGAUGUAUAUGAGAAGCUCUUCUAUAUGGAAGGAAUUGGAAUCUACUCGAAACGGCUGGAGAUAGAAAACAUAGUUUGCAAGCAACCAUUUGGCGUCCGCUGUGUUGGAAUUUGGGGUAUGCCUGGAAUAGGCAAGACGACACUUGCUAAAGCAGUCUUUGACCAAAUGUCUGGCGAAUUUGAUGCUUCUUGUUUUAUCGAAGACUUUGACAAAGUUAUUCACGAGAAGGGUGUUUAUCGUUUGUUGGAGGAACACUUUUUAAAAGAGAAGCCUGGUACUGACAGUACCAUUACGAAACUGAGCUUGCUUAGCAAUAAAUUAAACAAUAAGAGGGUUCUUGUUGUUCUUGAUGACCUGCGCAAUCCUUUGAUUGCAGAGCCUUUACUGGGAGGGUUUCACUGGUUUGGUCCGGAAAGCCUGAUCAUCAUAACCUCUAGAGAUAAACAGGUGCUUCGUCUUUGCCGAGUCAAUCAAAUAUAUGAGGUGCAGGGUUUAAACAAAAAAGAGGCUCUUCAACUCUUCUUGCGGUCUGCGUCUAUUAAGAAUAAGGGAGAGCAGAAUCUCAAGGAGCUGUCAAUGAAGGUGAUUGAAUAUGCAAAUGGAAACCCAUUAGCUCUCAGUAUUUAUGGCAGAGAGCUUAAAGGUAAGAAACACUUAUCAGAAAUGGAGACCACAUUCCUCAAACUCAAGGGACAUCCUCCCUUUAAGAUUGUUGAUGCAUUCAAGAGCAGCUAUGAAUCACUCAAUGACAGGGAAAAAAACAUAUUUCUCGACAUAGCUUGUUUUUUCGAGGGAGAAAAUGUCGACUACGUGAUGCAACUGCUCGAGGGCUGUGGUUUCCUUCCACAUGUUGGAAUUGAUGUUCUUGUUGAGAAGUGUCUGGUUACUAUUUCAGAAAACCGUGUGUGGAUGCAUAAUUUGAUUCAGGACGUUGGCCGAGAAAUAAUAAAUAAAGAAACAGUACAGAUCGAGAGGCGCAGCAGACUGUGGAAACCUGGGAACAUCAAAUAUUUAUUAGAAGAUAACAGAGGAAAAGAAGAAAAUGGAGACCCCAAAACAACUUCCAAACGUGCUAAGGGCCUGGAACAGAUCGAAGGCAUAUUUCUUGACACAUCAAACAUAAGUUUUGAUGCCGAGCCUUCUGCCUUUGAGAAUAUGUUGAACCUUAGAUUGCUUAAGAUUUACUGUUCCAAUCCUGAAAUCUAUCCUGUAAUCAAUUUCCCUAAUGGCUCUCUCCGUUAUCUUCCUAACGAGCUGAGACUCCUUCAUUGGGAGAACUAUCCCCUGCAAUCUUUGCCUCAAAAUUUUGAUCCUAAGCACCUUGUUGAAAUCAACAUGCCCAACAGUCAACUUCAGAAACUUUGGGGUAAAACCAAGAACCUGGAGAUGUUGAAGACAGUUAGACUGUGUCAUUCCCAGCAACUAGUUGAUAUCAGCGAUCUUUGGGAAGCUCCACAUCUUGAGGUAAUUGAUCUCCAGGGUUGUACAAGGCUUCAGAGUUUCCCAAACACAGGUCAAUUCCUGCAUCUACGAGUUUUAAAUCUCUCGCAUUGCAUAGAGAUAAAAAAAAUUCCGGAGGUUCCACCAAAUAUUAAGAAAUUGCAUCUCCAGGGAACUGGCAUAAUAGCAUUACCACUUUCCACUACUUUUGAGCCAAACCACACAAAGCUUUUAAAUUUUCUAACAGAAAAUCCAGGUCUUUCAGAUGCCUUGAAACUUGAGCGUUUGAGAAGUCUUCUGAUAUCUAGCUCAUAUUGUCAAGUUCUUGGCAAGCUUAUUCGCUUGGAUCUGAAAGAUUGUUCUCGUUUACAAAGUCUUCCUAACAUGGUUAAUUUAGAAUUUCUUGAAGUUCUUGAACUAUCUGGCUGCUCAAAGCUUGAGACUAUUCAGGGUUUCCCACCAAACCUGAAAGAGUUAUAUAUUGCUCGCACUGCGGUAAGACAAGUGCCACAACUUCCUCAAAGUCUAGAACUCUUUAAUGCACAUGGCUGUCUCUCUCUCGAAUUAAUUUGUUUGGACUCUUCGAAGCUUCUUAUGCACUACACAUUCAGUAAUUGUUUUAAUCUAUCUCCCCAAGUGAUCAACGAUUUUUUAGUGAAAGUGCUGGCUAAUGCGCAACACAUACCAAGAGAGCGUCAGCAGGAACUCAAUGAAUCUCCGGCUUUCAGCUUCUGUGUGCCCUCACAUGGGAAUCAGUAUUCCAAACUUGAUCUGCAACCAGGAUUUUCUGUAAUGACACGACUAAAUCCUUCUUGGAGGAACACGCUUGUAGGCUUUGCUAUGCUGGUGGAAGUCGCAUUUUCGGAGGAUUACUGUGAUACAACUGGUUUCGGCAUUAGUUGUGUUUGCAGAUGGAAAAACAAGGAAGGCCACUCUCAUAGGAUAGAAAGAAAUCUGCAUUGUUGGGCUCUAGGGAAAGCUGUUCAAAAGGAUCAUAUGUUUGUCUUCUGUGAUGUCAACAUGCGUCCAAGUACUAAUGAAGGAAAUGACCCCAAUAUCUGGGCUGAUUUAGUUGUUUUUGAGUUCUUUCCUAUCAACAAACAGAAAAAGCCUCUAGAUGAUUGUUGCACAGUGAAAAGAUGCGGAGUCCGUGUAAUAACUGCUGCAACUGGUAGUACAAGCCUUGAGAACAUUUUACCAGUUUUGUCCUCUAAUCCGAUGAAGUUUUCUGGUAAUGAAGAAGUGUGGAGAGUCAACUAUGAUGGUUUACAGGAAAUAGAUAAAGCUUUAUUUCUUUACAUAGCAGGUUUGUUCAAUGAUGAGGAUGUUGGUUUGGUGGCACCACUUAUUGCUAACAUUAUUGACAUGGACGUUAGUUAUGGGCUCAAGGUCUUAGCCGAUAGGUCUCUCAUAAGUGUAUCUUCCAACGGGGAAAUAGUGAUGCAUUAUUUGCUGCGACAAAUGGGUAAAGAAAUCCUCCAUUGUAGCUCAUAUAAGGUUAUGAGAUUGGUCAAAAGUAGUAAGAGUUCCACGACUAAUGCAAGGAAUCUUGAGCCAACAAAGUAAGUUCUCUCUGUUUUAGUUCAAUAUAUAACUAAUUAUAUAUACACUCCGUUAGACUUGACUUUGUGUUUUCUCUUCAUUGGGAUAAUUCAUAAUUCAAUUGAUAAACAUAACUUUUUUACAAAAAAACAAAAUAAACAAAAGAGAAUUGAAUUUUUUUAUAAAUCAUACAUAUAAAAGUAGGGUUUCACUCUCCCAUGAUUGGUCCACUUGGCAAUUAUUUUAAAAACUAAAAUUAAAAAUAAUAAUAUUUAUCUCCAAUUAAAGUAUAAAUACAAGAUAUUUAAUCAUACACAUUAAUCUACUUUUAAGUACUAAAUUGUAACUGAAAUUAUAAUUAUAACUGAAAUUAUAUAAAUUAUGUAUUAAAUAUUUCUCUCCACCCAAUCUCAUUCAACAACACUAUUAAUUUUAAUUGUAACCCCCUAAUUAAAUUAUUUUCUAAAUGUAACUUCCAUCAUCUCAUCCUAUAAAUAAUCAUUCUUUCAUCCU